AUGGCUAGACACUACAAAUCGUAUUACCAUGAAUUUUACCAGUACCUCUCGUUGCCACUCCACUUCAUCUUCAUCCUCUCCAUAAUAUUGCUCUUCUUGAUCUUCACUUGGUACAUAAACUACGAGUACAUGUUUUAUGACCUAGUGGAUCAUCUAAAGCUGAGUCUCAUGGUUUUUCCAGUCCUCCUUUUGCUGGUCGUCCACUGGUUGGCUGAUGAUGAUGAGCGUUUCCCUUUCUCUCUGAGCAUGCCCGAGAGGGACUCGCUUUAUAAGCUCGGUGGGUCCCCACUUGGGGUGGCUCUUUUGCUGCUCUUUCUUAUCUUCAUGAUCUCGCAUCAUAGCUCGCUGCACGAACGUUGGUUUCCCUUGUUUAGUCGACGCUAG